AUGACGGGUACGGAGGCAGUCAGAUCAGGUAACCUCAUCAUCAGAUCUUGUGUGAUUGCUGGUAGGGGUUUGCGUGUUUUAUAUGAUUCGGGAGCGACACAUUCAUUUGUGUCAGAGUCAGUAGAGGAAGAGUUGAGUCUUCCGGGGAGGGAACUUCAGUAUGACCUAGUAGUGUCCACGCCUGCUUUUGGGAUGGUCAGGACCUCAACUUUGUGUGCUAGGCGUUUGAUCGAGGUUGAGGGACGCAAGUACAGGGUAAACCUUAUCUGUUUACCUCUGGAAGGGCUGGAUGUAAUCUUGGGAAUGGAUUGGCUAUCUGCUAAUCGCAUUCUCAUUGAUUGCAAUGAGAAGAAAGUGUUAUUCCCUAGCUCAGAGGAGAAAGAGGUACUGAUGUCCUCACAGCAGGUUGAUCAAGCCCUCAAGGAGGGAUCUCAGUGUUUUCUGAUUUUGACCCAACUAUUCGUUGAGAAUGGGGAUGGACAUCUUGAGACGUCAAUUGUGAGGGAGUUUUUAGAUGUUUUCCCUGAGGAUGUGCCUAGCUUACCCCCUUUUAGGGAGGUAGAGUUCUCCAUUGAUUUGGUGCCUGGAGCAGAACCAGUAUCAAUGGCACCUUACAGGAUGGCUCCUGCUAAAUUGGUAAAGUUAAAACAACAGAUUGAAGAGUUGCUUGAGAAACAGUUUAUCAGACCAAGUGUGUCACCCUGGGGAGCACCGGUGUUGUUGGUCAAGAAGAAGGAUGGCAACUCCAGGCUUUGA